ACGGUACACUGUUAGCUGAGCAACUGUAUUCUGUGUGGGGGGAAACAUACAAUUUCCUUCUCCCCCCAGUGCCCAACCUGCAGCAACUCUCCCAGCCCCAAUGUACAAAUAAGGAAAAGAUUCCCCCAGCCUGACCCACUGAGCGCUGCAGUAUAAGGAGAGUCCGGCAUUGGCUCUAUAAGCCGCAGUGUUAUGGUAACAGCGCCUCCUAGUGGCAUGUUAAAAAACUGCAGCGAGUUGGCAGCUCCCCGGGAAAGGCUGAUGUCACUAUCAAGCGAUACCCGGGAUGUGGCGAUAGAAAGUUGCCCGGUAUCCCGCUAUUAGAUUCAGUUCCCAGUGUAGAUGGAAUAUAGGGGGGUGGUUUCAAAUCAUCAUUUAUAUCCAUUAGCCAAUCAGAAUUUACGCGACUAACACGCCACUGGUGGCUCCGCCCACACGCCUUGAGUUCUCUCUCAGGUCCUCUCCAGCUGCAUAUAAAGCGAUGGGACAGGCUGGUAAUCACAUUGCAUUUAAAGAAGCAUCAGUGAGAAUGUCCGGACGCGGCAAAGGCGGGAAGGGCUUGGGGAAAGGAGGCGCCAAGCGGCACAGGAAGGUGCUGCGGGAUAACAUCCAGGGCAUCACCAAGCCCGCCAUCCGCCGCCUGGCACGGAGAGGGGGAGUCAAGCGCAUCUCUGGCCUCAUCUAUGAGGAGACUCGGGGGGUCCUCAAGGUUUUCCUGGAGAAUGUCAUCCGGGACGCCGUCACCUACACCGAGCACGCCAAGAGGAAGACCGUUACCGCCAUGGAUGUGGUGUACGCUCUCAAGCGCCAGGGCCGCACUCUCUACGGCUUCGGGGGCUGAAUCUGAUUCAUUUCCCGGCUACUGAUCUAUCGCACCCAAAGGCUCUUUUCAGAGCCACC